AUUUAAUAAUUGUUCUAAGUCACAAACAAAUUACAUUCUUGAGUGAUUUCUGUUCAACUGGUUUUUUUUCUCUUCGAAGUUUAAGUUUUAAAUUGGGAUUAUGUGAAAAGGAAAAAAUGUCACAACUGAAUUUAAUCGCUAUCAUAUUCACCACCGUUCUAUUUCUACAAAUCAACGGUGACAAUGAAAAUAUUCCACCAAAAUGUCAAAUUACAUCCCGUUUUCCAAAAUCUAUAACAUGUGUGAAUGCAACAAUCAACGAUUUUAAGGAAUUACUUGAUAAAACCGAACUAGAUUUUGGCCCAAAUACAAAAGUCACUUUUACCGAUUCAAUAUUUUAUGAAAUCACUGACGAUGAAUUAUUUAGUAACAAAAUGAAAGAUUUAACUUAUAAUUUCCGACAUAAUCAUAUCAAAAUAUUUCAUAUCGAUGCUGUUAAACAUAUCGAUGUUUUCGAAUACAAUAUUCUCGAUUCGGUAACCACAUCGAAAACUAGUUCAUCCAGUUUUAAUUUAUAUCGAAAAUAUUUAUCUGAUUUAAGUUUAACAAAAAAUCGAAUUGGUUCAAUUGACGCAAAAGUUUUUACGAAUGUUUCAAUACACGAAAUCAAUCUCUCAGCGAAUGAAUUAAUCGAUAUUAAAUCGCAAACUUUCUCGAAUAUGCAUAAUGUAUUUAAGAUUAAUUUAGCGCAUAAUAAUUUAACACGUUUACAUGAAUACACGUUCGUGAAUUUCUCGAAAACCAGUAUUUAUACACCUAGUAAAUAUUACGGUUUAUCCACAAUCGAUUUGUCGUACAAUCAAUUGAACCAUCUCGAACCAAACGCUUUUUAUAAUCUCGAAAAUAUUGAACGCGUUGAUUUGCAGUAUAAUAAUUUGACCUCGUUAAAUGGUGCGAUUUUUUCCCAAGUCAAUUUAACCGUCUUGCUAUUAGCGCACAAUCAAAUUAAUUUUAUAUCAAUGCAAUUUUUCGAGAACAUGGAAUCGUUAUAUUUAUUAAAAUUAACGGAUAAUCAAAUAAAAACUCUACCAUCGCGAUUAUUUUCAACGUUACGAAAUUUAAAUGUGUUAACUUUAUCUGGUAAUCCGAUUUCGCGGAUUCAAACCGAUGCUUUUGAUGGUUUACAUAUGCUCAAUACAGAUUUCGCAGGAAACGUAGCUUUAUCGUUUGGGGAAUUAAAUGUUCCAAUAAUUCCAACGGGUGCUUUUAAUGGAUUACGAAUGUUAACACGCUUGGAUUUGUCGAAUUGGAAUAUAACAAAAAUUGAAACGAAAGCGUUCUAUGAAAUGCCACAAUUGAAAACGUUAACUUUACGAAACAAUCAGUUGACAGAAAUUGUUCCAGGAACUUUUUAUGGAUUGGAAAAAAUCGAUGUAAUCGAUUUAUCAUAUAAUCGAUUAACGCGAUUAACCAGAGAAAUGUUUGCCGGUUUAAAUGGUACGAAAUUUUUAACACAACUUGAAAAUGAGAACAAAGAUACAGUUUUAACGCUCAAAGAUUUAUUUAUGGCGACCGAAGAUAUUGAAAAAUUUGGCUUACAGUUAAUAUUAAAACAUAACGCGAUUAAAACGAUUGAAUCCGAUGCUUUUACAUAUUUAGCAAAUUUAAAAACUCUAGACUUAUCAGAAAAUCAAAUUCAAAACAUUCCGAUUGGAACGUUUAAAGGUUUGAAAUUUAUGGUGAAAUUGGAUUUACAUCAAAAUAAUUUAACGGCUUUGGAAAAAGAAGUUCUCUAUCCAAUGGUACGAUUAGCUGAUUUAAAUUUGGCAGAAAAUCAUUUGGAAACAUUCGAUGUGCGUGCGAUUAUGGAACAUUCGAUGAAUGAUGCUUUUAAGACGAUUAAUUUGAAUCAUAAUCAAUGGAAAUGCGAUGAAUUGCGAUUAAUGAUUUUACUUUUAACGGAGAAUAAGGUUGAUUUCAUCUCGUCAUCCCCGGAAUAUUUCGAUUCACAUAAUGUGCAUGGCAUCCGUUGUAUUCCAAGUAAAGACGAUGAUAUCGAAGAGCGUUUAACACAUGGAGGUUACGCUCGACAAAGCGCCAGUGGUUCCGAUGUCUCACCAGAAUUAUUAUUUAUUAAUUAUCAAAAAGAAUUAGUACAAAAUUCUAAAGCCCAAAUUACAGUAUUAAUAUUUUUAUGUUUCUUUUACUUAUUAACGUCACUGUUAUUGAUUGCUUUAUAUAUUUUACGUAAUAAAUCGUAUUUUAAUUCGUUACGUCAUCAAACACAACGGAAUCAAGAGUUUAAUCAAUCAACGGUUGAAUUAUUAAAUGUACCACAAUAAAUUAAUUAAUUAAUUAUUAACUUAAA